AACUAAACACAUAUCUAUAAAUUUCAUCAUUUUCCAAUCACUCUCCUUUUGCUAAACAACUAAACCAACUACAAAUCAUAAGAUUAAGAAAGAUCAUCACAUUUUCUUAUCACUUUAAUUUUCAAAAUUUAAACUUUUCAUUCUCAUUUCACCAAAAUAAAAACACACAUCCAACACGGCAACUGAAUAAUAAUGCAACAAACAAACUAGCCCAACAAAGCCAAAAACUUUAAUCAAAAAUAUUUAUAUUUUGCGUAAGAGAAGGAAGAGCAGAGAUCUCUAUCUCUUCCUCUUUUUUCUCAAUUUCCUCACUUGGGUUCUCUCUACGUGAAUUCAAUUCAAUUGGGUUGCUCUUAUUUUUUCAUUUGAGUACUAAUUUAUGACUCAUUGCUGAACAACAUUACCACUGGUUUAUGAGGAACAAGAAAAAUAGAAGCUUUUUUGGCAGUUUUUAAGGUAAAAAAAGUAGCUUUCAAUCACAAGGCUGGCCUCGGCAGUCGAUAAAGUACGAUUUCCAAGAUUCUAUCUCAAUGAGCUAAUUUACUACCCAGAUGGUGAAAUGCCCUGCUUUACACGAUUCAAUCCCUUAACUAGUCUUAUUAUAACAUUAGCAUCAUCAUCAUCACCGACUCUCUCAAUUCAAUCAUCAAGAACUGAACUUUUUCUAUGAUGGGUAUCACCCUCUUGCUUAAUAACAGUCUCAUCACACUCUCAGUUUUGAAGGAAAUUCGAGGUUUACCUGUGCUGGAACUAGCUUCAAUUUGUAUUAAUUUGACGCUUUUCCUUGUUUUUCUCUUUAUAAUCUCUGCUAGGCAGAUAUUUGUUUGUGUUGGUAGAGUUAGGUUGCUGAAGGAUGAUAAUUCAGUUGCUAAUUCGAGUCCGAUUCGACGGAGUAAUGGUGAGGGGGAUAUUCCGGUAGUUAUUACAGUGAGUACAGGGUUUAAGCUGGUGUUGGCUUGUUGUUUCUACGUUUUGUUUUUGCAGUUUUUAGUUUUGGGGUUUGAUGGGAUUGCUUUGAUUAGAGAUGCUGUUAAGGGGGAAGUUGUGGAUUGGUCUAUAAUUUGUUUACCUGCUGCACAAGGCUUAGCUUGGUUUCUGCUGAGCUUUUCGGCUCUUCAUUGUAAAUUUAAAGCUUCUGAGAGGUUUCCUUUGUUGUUGAGGGUUUGGUGGGUUUUGUCGUUUUUGAUUUGUUUGUGUACUUUGUAUGGGGAUGGCAAGAGUUUUCUGAUUGAAGGUGUGAAGCAUUUGAGUUCUCAUGUUGUGGCGAAUAUUGCUGCAACUCCAGCUCUCGCUUUUCUAUGUUUUGUUGCUAUCGGAGGUGUAACUGGAAUCGAGGUUUGUAGGGAUUCUGAUCUUCAAGAGCCAUUACUUCUUGAAGAAGAGGUAGGGUGUCUUAAGAUCACUCCUUAUAAUGAUGCUGGUUUAUUUAGCUUAGUCACACUUUCAUGGUUAAAUCCACUCCUUUCUAUUGGUGCAAAGAGGCCGCUUGACCUCAAAGACAUUCCUCUUCUUGCUCCAAAAGAUCGAACUAAGACUAAUUAUAAGGUUUUGAAUUCCAAUUGGGAGAAGUUGAAGGCAGAAAGUACUUUGAAGCAGCCCUCUUUAGCAUGGGCGAUUCUCAAGUCUUUCGGGAAGGAAGCAGCUUGCAAUGCCAUAUUUGCCUUGAUAAAUACUCUCGUCUCAUAUGUGGGUCCAUAUAUGAUUAGCUACUUUGUUGAAUAUUUAGGGGGGAAAGAGACUUUCCCUCAUGAGGGAUAUAUACUUGCAGGGAUAUUCUUCUCAGCAAAGCUCGUGGAGACCUUAACAACCAGGCAAUGGUAUCUAGGGGUUGAUAUCUUGGGUAUGCAUGUAAGGUCAGCUCUGACAGCAAUGGUCUACCGAAAAGGACUUAGGCUCUCGAGCUUGGCCAAGCAAAGUCAUACCAGCGGAGAAAUUGUUAAUUACAUGGCAGUUGAUGUUCAGAGAGUAGGGGAUUACUCUUGGUAUCUCCAUGAUAUAUGGAUGCUUCCCUUGCAAAUAAUUCUUGCUCUUGCAAUUUUGUAUAAGAAUGUCGGAAUUGCUUCUGUUGCAACAUUAAUUGCCACUAUUAUCUCCAUCAUUGUGACUGUCCCCCUGGCUAAGGUGCAAGAAGAGUAUCAAGACAAGUUGAUGACUGCCAAGGAUGAUAGGAUGCGAAAAACUUCCGAGUGCCUGAGGAACAUGAGGAUUCUGAAGUUGCAAGCUUGGGAGGACAGGUAUCGACUGAAACUGGAGGAGAUGCGUGGUGUGGAGUUCAGGUGGCUCCGGAAAGCACUCUACUCACAAGCUUUUAUUACAUUCAUAUUUUGGAGCUCUCCCAUAUUUGUUGCAGCUGUCACUUUUGGUACUUCUAUUUUGUUGGGUGGCAAACUCACAGCAGGAAGUGUUCUUUCUGCUCUGGCCACUUUCAGAAUCCUACAAGAACCACUCAGGAAUUUUCCUGACUUGGUGUCAAUGAUGGCCCAGACAAAAGUUUCUCUUGAUCGAAUUUCUGGGUUCCUACAGGAGGAAGACUUGCGGGAAGAUGCAACCAUUGCACUGCCACGGGGCAUGUCAAACCUGGCCAUUGAAAUUAAAGAUGGUGAGUUUUGCUGGGACCCUUCUUCUUCUUCAAUGUCCACUUUAUCAGGCAUUCAAAUGAAGGUACAGAGAGGGAUGCGUGUAGCUGUUUGUGGCAUGGUCGGCUCUGGUAAAUCAAGCUUUCUCUCAUGCAUCCUAGGGGAGGUUCCCAAAAUAUCUGGUGAAGUGAGAAUUUGUGGCACUGCUGCAUAUGUAUCCCAGUCUGCAUGGAUACAGUCAGGAAAUAUUGAAGAAAAUAUUCUUUUUGGUAGUCCAAUGGAUAAACCAAAGUACAAGAAUGUUAUCCAUGCUUGUUCACUGAAAAAGGAUUUGGAACUUUUCUCACAUGGCGAUCAAACCAUAAUUGGCGAUAGAGGUAUAAAUUUGAGUGGUGGCCAGAAGCAACGGGUACAGCUUGCAAGGGCACUGUAUCAAGAUGCAGACAUCUAUUUGCUUGAUGAUCCCUUCAGUGCUGUUGAUGCACACACUGGUUCCGAGUUGUUUAAGGAGUACAUAAUGACGGCGCUAGCAAACAAGACUGUAGUUUUUGUGACCCAUCAAGUUGAAUUCUUGCCAGCUGCUGAUUUAAUACUGGUUUUGAAGGAAGGGCGCAUCAUACAGGCAGGGAAAUAUGAUGAUCUUUUACAAGCAGGAACUGAUUUCAAAACUUUAGUCUCAGCUCACCAUGAAGCAAUUGAAGCUAUGGAUAUCCCAAACCACUCUUCAGAGGAUUCAGAUGAAAGCACUUUGGAUAACACUGUCAUGUUUAUUAAAAAAAUUGAUUCAACUGGAAGUAAUGUUGACAGUUUAGCUAGGGAAGUGCAAGAGAGUGCAUCGUCAUCAGAUCAGAAAGCUGUUAAAGAGAAAAAGAAAGCAAAACGCUCAAGGAAAAAGCAGCUUGUUCAGGAAGAGGAAAGAGUGAGAGGAAGAGUAAGCAUGAAAGUUUACUUGUCAUAUAUGGCCGCAGCAUAUAAAGGCUUAUUGAUUCCUCUUAUAGUCCUUGCUCAAGCAUUGUUUCAGUUUCUUCAAAUAGCUAGUAAUUGGUGGAUGGCUUGGGCAAAUCCCCAAACCGAAGGAGGUCAACCUAGGGUAAAUGCUAUGGUCCUUCUUGGUGUUUAUAUGGCCCUUGCCUUUGGAAGCUCUUGGUUUAUAUUUGUGAGGGCAGUUCUGGUUGCUACGUUCGGCCUGGCAGCUACACAGAAAUUAUUUUUGAAGAUGCUUAGAAGUGUUUUCCGAGCACCAAUGUCUUUCUUUGAUUCUACUCCAGCUGGCCGCAUCUUGAAUCGUGUGUCCAUCGAUCAAAGUGUAGUGGAUCUUGAUAUUCCUUUUAGGCUUGGUGGGUUUUCUUCAACAACAAUACAGCUUAUCGGAAUUGUUGGUGUGAUGUCUAAAGUUACCUGGCAAGUUUUGCUUCUUGUUGUUCCUAUGGCUGUUGCUUGCUUGUGGAUGCAGAAAUACUACAUGGCAUCUUCAAGGGAACUUGUCCGCAUUGUUAGUAUCCAGAAAUCUCCGAUCAUCCAUCUAUUUGGUGAGUCAAUUGCUGGAGCUGCUACAAUAAGAGGCUUUGGGCAAGAAAAACGGUUCAUGAAGAGAAAUCUAUAUCUUCUUGACUGCUUUGCUCGUCCAUUCUUUUGUAGUCUUGCUGCUAUUGAAUGGCUAUGCCUACGCAUGGAAUUACUUUCAACCUUUGUCUUCGCUUUCUGCAUGAUUUUACUUGUUAGCUUCCCCCAUGGAAGUAUUGAUCCAAGCAUGGCAGGCCUUGCUGUAACAUAUGGCCUAAACUUAAAUGCACGGCUAUCGCGUUGGAUUCUUAGCUUUUGCAAACUCGAAAAUAAGAUUAUUUCCAUAGAAAGGAUAUAUCAAUACAGCCAAAUUACUAGUGAAGCUCCAUCAAUUAUUGAGGAUUUCCGUCCUCCAUCGUCAUGGCCAGAGAAUGGGACAAUUGAUCUGAUUGAUUUAAAGGUUCGUUAUGCUGAGAAUCUUCCUAUGGUGCUUCACGGGAUAUCAUGCCACUUUCCUGGUGGAAAUAAAAUUGGAAUAGUUGGGCGAACUGGAAGCGGUAAAUCUACAUUGAUCCAAGCACUAUUUCGUUUGAUUGAACCUUCUGAAGGUAGAAUUAUAAUAGACAACAUCGACAUUUCUACAAUUGGCCUCCAUGAUCUUCGUAGCCGUCUAGGUAUUAUACCCCAGGAUCCUACCUUAUUUGAAGGAACAAUUAGGGGCAAUCUUGAUCCCCUUGAAGAGCAUUCAGAUCUGGAAAUUUGGCAGGCCCUGGAUAAGUGUCAGCUUGGAGAGACAGUGCGUCAAAAAGAGCUAAAACUUGAUUCACCAGUGCUAGAAAAUGGAGACAAUUGGAGUGUUGGGCAAAGGCAACUUGUUUCCCUGGGCCGUGCUUUGCUGAAGCAGGCAAGAAUUCUGGUACUUGAUGAAGCAACAGCAUCAGUUGAUACAGCUACAGACAAUCUUAUUCAGAAGAUCAUUCGGACAGAGUUUAAUAACUGCACCGUGUGCACAAUAGCACAUCGUAUUCCAACUGUCAUAGACAGUGAUCUCGUUUUGGUACUAAGCGAUGGUCGAGUUGCAGAGUGUGAUACUCCAUUGCGAUUGUUAGAGGACAAAUCAUCCAUGUUUCUUAAGCUGGUAACCGAGUACUCGUCAAGGUCAAGCGGCAUACCAGACAUCUGAAAUGGCCGGCAUGCCCAAUAUUGUUCCGAGUCAGAUGCAGCAAGAGCAGACUGGCAGCCACAAAUGAAGCGAAACGGCUGAUGCUGCUCUGUGUACUUCUGCAGCUGCUACAUUCGGCAAGCAGAAAGAGAAAUGGGAAGCCGACAAUCAUCGGCAAAGAUCCCGAUAGGUGAAAGUAUAACAUCAUCUAAAGCACAGAUGGAGAAAUGAUGAGUCAUAGUUGGUAAUGGUAAGAUGAAAAGAAUAAGUUGGGUGGUAAAUAAUUGCAGGGAAAUGGGUUAAUUAUGUGCAAUAAAUUAGAUUUUAGAUUUAAAGCAGGCCUUUUUGUAUUUCCCUUAAAGGCUUAGGAAUUAUGUAGAAGACAAUACCAAUUCCACUUGUUCUAGUGCCCUAAUUUUAGUUUUAGAUUAUAACAUUUUUGGAUGCAACAAAUUUUGCCCUAUGUUUCUCUCCA